AUGUUACGCAAUGUCCUGGUCACCUGGCCCGAGGAGGCGCCGAUUGUCAAGUGGUUAUCCGAUGCCGUGGCCAAGUCGUUUCGAAAGGUCAAAUGGAACACGGAAACUGAAAAGGGCCUUCUCACAAAACUGCGGCCACCCAGUCCUCUUGAGCUUUCGGCCCUGGCGCCCAAGACACAGGAUCCUAGCCCCGCGGCCUCGGGCCCGCCGAGGGGAGCCGCUCAGCCUCUCACAAACUGGCGACUCCGGGAAGACAGCUCUAGCGAGAUGCCUCUGUUUGAUAUUGAAGUCGGAGGAGGACUCUACUGGGUGAAGGAGGAAGAUGCUCACCGAAACUGUAAACGUCAGCUGCUGAAAUUCUGGAACGAUCGAGGCGGGCGCGACGAGGUGAUCAAGAAAGCCGGUUGCGCUAUAACCAAGAACACCAAGUUCCCCAUCCACGAUCUUCUCAAAGAGAGUUCAGACGGCUCUAAAUUUCGCGUUGAAUGGGUGGGCUAUGAAGAUAAAAGCCGCUCUUGGGAGCCGGCGAGCGAAAUAGAUGAGAAGGUCAUUCAUGCGUUCAGACAGCGGAGGCUCCGUAGGCGGGUUUAG